UCACAAAAAAUCAUAAAAUGCUUUUCCCUCUCCUGCCUUACCACUCCUCUCAUUCUCUCAGAUUGUCCUCAUCCUAAAGGGAACUUAACCUGCAGCAGUCAUGUCUGAAGGACCGAAAAAGACAAAGUAUUCAGCAACACGCCGCCUGUACUUAAAGACCAAACUACUGAAAAAGGCAUCGUCAAUGCUGGUUGCCGAGUAUGAAGAGAAGAAGCGUGAUAGAGUCAACACUCUGAAUGAGAGAGUCCCACCCCUCAAACUGUCUGGUCUGUCUGUUCAGGAGCUACAGGACCUUUGUAAAGAUCUACAUAACAAGAUUGAUAGUAUAGAUGAGGCUCGAUAUGAUAUGGACAUCAAAGCAGGCAAAAAUGAAAAAGAGAUUCAAACACUAAUUCAGAAGGUGAAUGAGAUGAAAGGUAUGAAGAAAAGGCCUAACCUGAAAAGGGUGAAGAAGUCUGCAGAUGCCAUGCUGGAUGCCCUCACUGAAUCCAGCAAACUCAUGAAGGCUGACUUCAAGGCCAACCUUAAGACAGUGAAGAAGGAGGAGGAGAAGAAAGAGGAGGUGACUGACUGGCGUAAGAACGUGGAGGCCAUGUCUGGAAUGGAGGGCAGGAAGAAGCUGUUUGAUGCGGGACAAUAACAGACACAUCCAAUCUCAUCAUAAAGAGAAGCACACAUCAAGUUAGCCACUCACAGAACACCAUGUGGAAAGCUCUGUCAUUAGAGGUGCAAAGUAAAUUAUCCUAUGUCAACCAUGUUCAUUUUCAUUGUGUCAGUUUCAUGUGUCACCUAGACAAAUACUACAGAACAUUUGGUAUGCAGUAUGAUAUCAUAUCUUGUUUACAACAUGAAAGUAAACAAGUAGGUAGAUGAAAUGCUGCAUUAAUGUCAUCUAAAUGUGGACAUUUGGAUAAUAAUGACAAAUGUAAAAGUGUGAACUGCACAUUAUUCUGUAAUGUUAAUUCAUGUUAUUUUUUUAUCUAAUCUUCCAGAUAGUUUGAUAUAGGUUAGUAAUGGUUACAUGAAAGUAUUGACCUAUAUUUCUUCUGCAUAUUGGAUGUAACAACUCCCUCAAUGAACAUUGAUGUUGAACAACUUA